AUGUUGCGAAUUCGCAGAUACCGAGCUCUCCUUAUUUUUGCUGUCUUCAUAACAGCCAUUCUCGUUCGUUUUACACACAUAAGGGAUUGGGAAAGUUAUACUGUAGGAGGCCCUGUCGACAUCCCUGACUCGAAAUUCGCAUCAGAAAAGGGAGAACCAUACACAUAUACACCAAAUGGAGGUCAUCCGACUGCACCGGAAACUCUGAAAGAACAAUCAGAAGCGCCAUUGAAGCCUGCCGAGGAUGAAAUUAAACCGGCACCAAAGGUAGCAGAAAAGACAUCCUCCACAACUAGCAGUACAUCGACUACUUGGAAUGUUAUUGCCAUUCAAACAAUAGAUACAACUGUGCCGAAAUACGCUCUUCCAGACAGGAAACCACCAACCCAAGGUGUCUACGAGGAUACAGGAUUUGAAGAUCUUCAUCCAAUUGCGCCAGAUGGAAGACAGGACUUGCCUGUUUUCUCAGCAGCACCUACUACAAUUUACUGGUCGAAGCAAGCAGAGCAUUUCCCAGUGCCUACUGAAAGUAUUAUCAAUCUGCCAACUGGCGUGCCAAUCUCGAUUCCCAAGAUUCAACAUGUUUUCAAUGACGAGACAACGGAUGCAAAAAUCUCUCGGGAGAAGAGGCAAAAUAAAGUCAAGGAGGAAUUUCUGAGGUCAUGGAAAGGUUACAAGAAGUUUGCAUGGGGUCAUGACGAACUUUCCCCCGUGUCAACUAAAUUUCGAGAUCCAUUUUGCGGAUGGGCAGCAACUUUGGUGGAUGGUUUGGAUACAUUAUAUAUUAUGGGAUUUCAUGACGAAUUCGAAGAGGCUGUUAAUGCUGUUGAAAAGAUUGAUUUCACCACUACUCCAAGGAUGGAAAUACCAGUAUUUGAAACUACCAUUAGAUAUCUCGGUGGUCUUUUAGCUGCAUAUGAUGUUAGUGGAGGAAAAUUCCAGGUUCUCUUGGAUAAAGCUACUGAAUUGGCGGAGAUAUUGAUGGGCGCUUUUGAUACCCCAAACAGAAUGCCGGUACUUCACUAUCAAUGGAAGCCAGUCUUUGCGUCUCAGCCUCAUCGUGCCAGUUCCAGAUCUAAUUUGGCUGAACUUGGAUCACUGUCUAUGGAGUUUACCCGUCUUGCUCAACUUACAGGCGAACAACGUUACUAUGAUGCUGUAGCUCGAGUCACCAUUGCUUUAUCGGAGUGGCAGGAUCGUAAUACAACUAACAUUCCCGGAGUUUUCACAGAGGAUGUCGAUGCUUCAGGUUGUAAUCGUACGGCCACCAUGCAAAGAGAAAAGGAGAAGUUGGAGGCUUCAUUGGCAAAGGAUUUCGCUCUCAACAAUCCAAAGACGACUACACUUUUGGAUGAAUCUCCUGAAGGAUAUCAACCGCUUUCACCAGAAAACGUAAAGGAGCCCAAGCCAAAGAAGCCUAGCUCGGAAGAAAAGAUGUUGGAGAUGCAAGUUCUUCCGGGUGAGCCUGGAAAAGCGCGCAUCAAGGGGUGGGACGAAGGAGGCGUGAUGAAAAGAGAUCUGGAAGAACCAGCAUCAACUAGCUCGACUACGGCAUCUUCACCACCUGCGCCAGCAGCAGGUCUUCCUCCAGUAAGUAGAACUGGCAGUGGUUUUAGUCAUCACGUUGCGCCAGACCUACCAACAGUUGAGGCAUCAAGUGAAUGGGAUUGCGUCGAGCAAGGUCUGGAGUCGUAUACCGUUCACGGUAGACAGAAGUUCUCGAUGGGUGGUGGGCAAGAUUCCACGUAUGAGUACUACCCCAAGCAAUAUAUGCUUUUAGGUGGUCUUGACGAAGUCUACAAAAAACUGUACAUGAAGACCAUCCCUGCCAUACGGGAGCAUAUGCUCUUUCGGCCAAUGAUUCCAGGAAAUGACGACAUUCUUAUCUCUGGAAAAGUCACGAGCAAUGGCAUACGGGAAGAAGAUCUAUUGAUUCCAGAGAUUACACAUUUAACAUGUUUCAUUGGAGGUAUGGUUGGAAUGAGUGCGAAGGUUUUCGGCAUCGAAGGAGAUCUCGAGAUUGCAAAGAAACUUACAGAUGGUUGCGUUUGGGCGUAUGGUGCAACCCCAUCAGGAAUUAUGCCUGAAGGGUCAGAAGUUAUUGCAUGCGAGAGUGUUGAAAAUUGCUCUUGGAAUCAAACCCUCUAUUAUGAACGCUUGGAUACUUCAGCUGCCUACAGAGAUGCGAAUCUUAAGGAGUAUAUCGAAAACAAGGAGAAACUUGAUGCCGAAGCAAAGGAGAUGAGUUUAAACCCCACAGAUGCUGCACGUGAGCAGAACGCUUUGGCGAAAGCAGAGGCUGUUGGUGGACCUCAAGGUUAUGUCAGUCACGAAGAUAGUCCUGAUUUAGUAAAAGACUCAGCAGAGACAAAAUCCGAAGACGCAAGUGCCUUCAAGCCAAAGGAUGAACCUGCAUCGCUCACGAAGCGCCAGACUGGUGCCGCUGAUGGUCCUGAAAAGGAGGACAUGUUUAAGCUGAAAUCCGCAAACACGGAAAAGGAAUUGGAAAGUAUGGCUGGAGGACGUCAAUUGGAGAAGGGUACCAAAUCACAAAAACCACUCCCUGCAGAAACAUUACCAGAUCCAUUACGCCCACUUUCUCACAAGGAAUACGUUGAAGGUCGUAUCAAGCAAGAAGCUUUACCUCCUGGAUUCACAAGUAUACAUACCAGGAAAUACAUUCUUAGACCCGAAGCCAUCGAAUCUGUCUGGUACAUGUACCGUAUCACGGGUGAUAAGACCUGGCAAGACAAAGGUUGGAAGAUGUUUGAAGCAGUCAUCAAAGCAACAUCAACUGAGAAUGGUCAUUCGGCUAUCUUUGAUGUUACAGCAGAAGAGACGUAUCAAAUGGAUGAGAUGGAAAGUUUUUGGUUGGCAGAAACGCUCAAAUAUUUCUAUUUACUUUUCUCUACGCCAGAUGUUAUUAGUCUUGAUGAGUGGGUUUUGAAUACGGAAGCACAUCCUUUCAAGAGACCUACUGUUUAG